AUGGAGACUCGACAACUGGAUGGUGCAGUUCACAAUGGCUCAAGACUCUUAAGUCAGUUAUCUGUAGAGCAAGAGCGAAUUAACGAAAGGGCAUCUCAGCUGCUGCAGCGUAAUAGAGAGCGUAGGAGGUUAUUACAACGUCAACAAGAAAGAAGGCGAUACGAGGGCCCACCACGGUCAUUGAUCAAUCAUGACUAUGGUGCUCCUAGCAAGAACGUGGAAGAAAAUAGGGAACAGGAAAGAACUCAAAUUAGACAGAGAAGACAAAGGAUUAGAUCUUCGCAUAAGUUAUCACAAAAGAGACGUACACCGAGUGAUCAAGCUCUUUAUGAGAUAAGGAAAUACCAGAGAUCUACCGAAUUGCUCAUCUCAAAAAUUCCAUUUGCUAGAUUGGUUAGGGAAGUUACUGAACAAUUUACCACGGAAGAACAACAGCCGCGAUGGCAAUCAAUGGCGGUACUAGCUCUCCAAGAAGCCAGUGAGGCCUAUUUAGUGGGAUUGCUAGAACAUACGAAUUUACUAGCACUUCAUGCAAAAAGAAUUACAAUCAUGAGGAAAGAUAUGCAGCUAGCGAGAAGAAUAAGAGGGCAGUUUCUUUGA